UGUAAAAAGAAGGUUAUGAUUUACAUAUCCAAUCUUAUAUAGAAAACAUUAGUAAUACCAUAAACAAACUCGUUGGAUCUUUUAUAGUUUCACACUGUCGGAAAAUAAUUGGUGCAAGUCUGAACUAUAAGUAAGUUAUAAGUAGGGGUUGCUGUAAUAUCCUUCAAAAAAAAUCAGAGAGAAACGUGUCCUUUGUGUGUGUGUGUCAUGUCAAUGGUUGAAGAUGGUGAUCAAGGUCCUUUCAAGAGACCAGGAGCAGUGCCUUUUAACUGGGAGAUCCGACCCGGUAUACCCAAGAUCCGAACCCAACACCACGACGAUGGUCCCAUUCUCCUUCAACCUCCCAAGAAACUUUCUUCUCUCCGAAUAACAAAACCUCCACCGUCUCCUCCGUUGUCUUCUCCCGCAGUCUCUCCCUUUGCUCCUCCUUCCUCUUUCAAGCUCAAACCGCGUCAAGAUUCCCACUCUUCAGGACGACCACCGACUCCAUAUUGGCGAUGUUCAUCAGCUCGAGCUACAACACUCGACUCCGGAACUGCUGCUGCUUUGCGCCAGUGGAGUCAUUUCAAGUCAUAUCUUCAGUUCAAGAAGAGUAAGAAGACCCCCGACGUGAAGAAAAACACCGGUUUGGAUUCGACGAAGACGAAAACAAUGGAAGAAUCUGACGUUUUCUAUGACUCAGAGACGACGUUUUCCCCAUCGUCCCCACUGUCUUCUUAUUUACGUAUGAAACGUAACGAAUCUGAUUUAAGCUCUUCUGAGAAAAGAAUCAUAUUAAUGAUGGAACGUGACCGCCUCAAUUGGGAUGUGGUACUCUAGUAGUGGUUUAUGCGCAUUAGUUAUAAUUCUCUUAUGCUCUAUAGAUUGAUUCCGGUCCAUGGAGAGAUUAUAAAAGCAAAGAGAAAAACUUAAU